ACUUGGAAGGAAAUCAAGCACUGAUGGACGCAUCAUUGCCUCUUAUCCUCGAGUCUAUGGCAGACUGUCUAAUUCGAGGCCUAUUCCAAAACGAUGCAGGUCGAGGAUCUUGAAGGAUGUGGACGGUUAUCGCGUGUUUUCCCGGCGAAUGUCAGUGCCGUUUUGUUAUUUGAUCAGUUGCUAGGAUGGCGGUGGACUAUCUCGCCGGCUCGUGCAGGGUCGGCAGGGAUGGUGGAUAAUUGUCGGGUCACGUUUCCGCCUCGAUGAUGGUCUCGCUGGCCUUCGAGACCGAGUCAGGGUCGAUCCUCGGAUUUUAUUGCGCUCAGGUCUUUAAGAGAGCGGAUGCGCAGACUGGAAAUCUCAAGCAGCUCCCUCCCGCCUUCUCACUGCAAUGAAGUAUCUCUUGGCACUUGCGUCUUUGGCUGUUGUGAUCUCCCCUGCUGCAUCGGUGGCCGUCUAUGGGCAAUGCGGUGGCAUUGGUUACACUGGAUCCACAGUCUGCGAUGCAGGGUCGGUGUGCACCGCCAACAAUUCUUACUACUCGCAGUGUCUGCCGGGAACUGCCCCGCCACCCUCGUCGACAACGUCUGCGGUGGUCACCUCGCCGACGACACCUACCAGCACAGCGUCCGCACCGGCGAGUUCGGGGUGCUCAGGUGCUACCAAGUUCAAAUUCUUUGGCGUCAAUCAGUCCGGCGCUGAAUUUGGAAGUGGAAAGUGGCCUGGUGUCUACGGGACUGACUACAUCUUCCCCGCUCCCAGCUCGAUCGAUUACUUCGUGAACAAGGGCUUCAAUUUCUUCCGGAUGCCGUUCAUGCUCGAACGUCUUGUCCCGCCUGCGGGAGGUCUUACGGGUCCCUUUGACCAGACUUAUCUGGGUCGUAUUCAGUCGUCCGUGACUUACAUCACCGGAAAGGGUGCCCAUGUGGCUUUGGACCCGCACAACUAUAUGUUGUACAACAACCAAGCCAUUACGGACACCACGCACAAUGCGAGUCUCGUCUGGAAGAACUUGGCCACCGUCUUCAAAUCCAACCCCAACGUUAUCUUCGAUGUGAUGAACGAGCCCAACGGGAUCCCGGCAUCGACUGCGUUCGCGCUCAACCAGGCUGCGAUCUACGGUAUCCGUUCCAGUGGAGCGACCUCCCAACUCAUUCUCGUGGAGGGAACUGCUUGGACCGGCGGCUGGACGUGGAUCUCUUCUGGCAACUCAGCCGUUUUCGGAAACAUCACUGAUCCCAACCACAACGUCGCCAUCCAGAUGCACCAGUACCUCGACAGCGAUGGCUCAGGUACCAACCCGACCUGUGUGUCCCCGACGAUCGGCGCAGAGCGGUUGCAGGCCGCCACCAGCUGGCUCAAAGCCAACAACCUCAAGGGCUUCCUCGGUGAGAUCGGUGCCGGAAACAACGCGGACUGCAUCUCGGCUGUCAAAGGCGCGAUGUGUGCCAUGCAGCAGUCGGGCGUCUGGAUCGGUGCUUCCUGGUGGGCAGCCGGCCCGUGGUGGGCCAACUACUUCACGUCCAUCGAGCCGCCGAGCGGUGCCUCCGUCAACCAGAUCCUGCCCCAGGCGUUGAUGCCUUACAUGUAGGUUACUAUAAUUAUUUAUACACACACGUAGUAUACAGUGCAAGCGAAAACCUAAUAUCACGCAUUCAUCUCUGCUUCA